AUGUAUCAAUCACUGCUACCUUGUCCCCCCCUUACUCCCCCUUUCUGCCUUCCUUCCUCUCCCUCAACCAUCGAAAUCUCCUCCCACCCUUUUCCACAUUGUUUUCUCUCUCGAUUCCUCCCUGCUCCCCACAACGCAGUUGCAGCAAGGCACUGGCAGAGGAGCAAGCGGGCUGCCGUAACAAGGCGUGAGCUCACUGCAGCAAGGCGUGAGCUCACUGCAGCAAGGCGUGAGCUCACUGCAGCAAGGCGUGAGCUCACUGCAGCAAGGCGUGAGCUCACUGCAGCAAGGCGUGAGCUCACUGCAGCAAGGCGUGAGCUCACUGCAGCAAGGCGUGAGCUCACUGCAGCAAGGCGUGAGCUCACUGCAGCAAGGCGUGAGCUCACUGCAGCAAGGCGUGAGCUCACUGCAGCAACGCGUGAGCUCACUGCAGCAACGCGUGAGCUCACUGCAGCAAGGCGUGAGCUCACUGCAGCAAGGCGUGAGCUCACUGCAGCAACGCGUGAGCUCACUGCAGCAAGGCGUGAGCUCACUGCAGCAACGCGUGAGCUCACUGCAGCAAGGCGUGAGCUCACUGCAGCAAGGCGUGAGCUCACUGCAGCAACGCGUGAGCUCACUGCAGCAAGGCGUGAGCUCACUGCAGCAACGCGUGAGCUCACUGCAGCAAGGCGUGAGCUCACUGCAGCAAGGCGUGAGCUCACUGCAGCAAGGCGUGAGCUCACUGCAGCAACGCGUGAGCUCACUGCAGCAAGGCGUGAGCUCACUGCAGCAAGGCGUGAGCUCACUGCAGCAACGCGUGAGCUCACUGCAGCAACGCGUGAGCUCACUGCAGCAAGGCGUGAGCUCACUGCAGCAAGGCGUGAGCUCACUGCAGCAACGCGUGAGCUCACUGCAGCAAGGCGUGAGCUCACUGCAGCAACGCGUGAGCUCACUGCAGCAAGGCGUGAGCUCACUGCAGCAAGGCGUGAGCUCACUGCAGCAACGCGUGAGCUCACUGCAGCAAGGCGUGAGCUCACUGCAGCAAGGCGGGAGCUCACUGCAGCAAGGCGUGAGCUCACUGCAGCAAGGCGUGAGCUCACUGCAGCAAGGCGUGAGCUCACUGCAGCAACGCGUGAGCUCACUGCAGCAAGGCGUGAGCUCACUGCAGCAAGGCGUGAGCUCACUGCAGCAAGGCGUGAGCUCACUGCAGCAACGCGUGAGCUCACUGCAGCAACGCGUGAGCUCACUGCAGCAACGCGUGAGCUCACUGCAGCAACGCGUGAGCUCACUGCAGCAAGGCGUGAGCUCACUGCAGCAAGGCGUGAGCUCACUGCAGCAAGGCGUGAGCUCACUGCAGCAAGGCGUGAGCUCACUGCAGCAAGGCGUGAGCUCACUGCAGCAACGCGUGAGCUCACUGCAGCAAGGCGUGAGCUCACUGCAGCAACGCGUGAGCUCACUGCAGCAAGGCGUGAGCUCACUGCAGCAACGCGUGAGCUCACUGCAGCAAGGCGUGCGCAAUAA